AUGAUCUCCGACAACGACCUCUACCGCCUUGCCAUCUUCCUGGGCUCGUGCGCCAUGAUGAUGAUCGUUCUCUACCAUUUCCUCGAUGUCAAUGCUCGUGAUGACGAGGAGACUACCGCCGUCAAGCCAAUCAAGAAUGACGAGUCCAGCGUGCCCUCAGACAAUGUCAGUGGAUCGACAACCAAAGCGCAAUAA